CACCCUUGUCCUGCUUGGCUUGGAGCUUCUUCGUUUGUUGUGCACGCUACGCACGAUUUUGUCUUCCUUUCCCACAGCUGCACGCCGUCAGGUCUUUCUGGCUCUUCUAGAGGCAGGAGGUACUACUGCCGUAGUCUAGACGGCAUCUACAAGCUGCCGCCGGCAAUCAAUCCUCCUAGCCCAAACUCGGAAGAGGUGUAACCACCGCUAUCUCUGGGCGCUAGGGAGACAAGACAGCCGGGUGGUUCUCCACACGAAGGCCAUCAUCCCAUCUCGCCACCGUGACGGCAGGCCGGGGCGGUGUCUCGUGAGGUUUGGCGCGGAUGGCAGGGUUGCGUCGCGGAAUGGGGAGGUGCGGCGCCAUUCUCGUCAUCGGUUUCGUCCUCGCGACUACCCGAAGCUUUAGUUGCGAUGCCGCCGCGGUGUCCGAGGGCCUUGAGGUUCCCGGCACUUCGAACGCCAUGCAGGAGCUACACCGCCAGGCACGAGACGACGUCCUGGGAAUUUUAGCGGCGCCCGCGGACUCGUGCCUCACGAGCAACUGGCGAAAAACCUCAGCAAAUCAGGGAUGUACGGCUGCAGACCAGUGCGGAAAAGGAUGGUUGUUCCAUCAGCAAGACCUGCUGUUGGUGACACAGUGGGCAGGGAGUGACGCCAGUAGUGUUGGAGAUGACGCAACAGACGAAUGGUGCGCGAGAGAGUCGAGGACGGUGACGGUGGUGGGGCUGAAGGCGCAGGGAGAGGGAGAGGAGUCCGACUGCAACAGCCAGAAUCUCAGCAUUCUGGUCAGGCUUCAAGGUCCAGAGGCACUAGCUGAGGCUGCGACGCCUGUAGAUGGCAGGUGCGCUUGGACCGUGGAGUUCACACCGUCCUUGGAAGGCGUGUACACCUUCGACGCCACCGUACUCAAUUGGGAAGGUGGUCUGGAUCCGCACCCCGAAAUGUGCCACGAAGUGGCCGGUCAAUACCCCGAAGGAUCCGUCGAGAUGGGCUCCGUGGGGAGUGUGGUGUUCUACGGCCUUGCGGAGGCAUGCUGCACCCUGUGCACCCGCUGGGAAGGGUGUGUGGGGUGGUCGAACACCGUAAAGUUCGAUAUCGCCCCCAUCGACGGGAAAAAAAGGUGUGUGCUGUACUCGUCUGUCAGCGGGCCACCCGUGGAAGACAAGGCAAUGAACCGCGCCAUUACCAGCGGCAUACCGAGAGACGAAGAGAGUAUGAUGUACCUCGCGCACUCCAUGUCCAUCGCCAGAAGUUGGUGCACACCGGACAACGCGAGGGUCCUGGGCAGCGGCAAGAAAUUGACGGUGAAGGCGGCGGGGCCGUCAGUAUCAAUCGCAGACGGGGACGACGCGCUACCACGGUGCAGGUCCACCAACGUUCUCCCCGAACCCGGCCGUUGGGUGGGUCUACAGGAUGUAGAAUGCGGUGACAUGCGAGCAGAGGGGAUUCAUGGGGACCCUAUUUGGCCGGAUUAUCGAAGAGACAUCUUCGGUGUCACCAAGCCCGAGGAGUGCUUCUUCAAGCCUUACAACCUUCCCACGUCGGGUGGCAAGGUGGACGGCUACCGGCAAGCGAUUACUGGAGGCUACGUGUGGAAGCCUUACGACUGUCGCUACUCCCUUUUAAAUGUGGAAGCGCGCCACACUUGCUUCGACGCCUUAAACAUCACCAGAUUUCUUGACUACGGGGACAGUAUGAUCCAAACAAGCAGGCAGCCAAGAGUCGAGCUGUGGCUACCGAAAAACGUCGAUGUGCACGGGAAAGCAGGCAGCCAAGAUGCGCAGGCUCGAGGAAAACAGGCCGGCUGUCCGACCGGUUUUUACAUGGAUGAUGGCGACAAUGAUGCCGAAACUUCCGGUGGCGGCUCGCCUAUCAAGUACCGCUACUGCGGUUUAUCCGGCUUCCACUAUUCCAAGGACUACGCCAUCAGAGACUACAUUCUAUCGUUUCGACCGGACGUCGUUCUGGCCAACUGGGGCAUGAUACACAAGCUGUGGCACCAUGACUUUGGCGGCGAGAUCGCCCACUUUUUCGAGAAUCUGGGCAGGGCAUUGGACAAAAUGACUGAUAAUGGAGAAUUCCGCCCUAGGUUUCUGUUCUGGUUGUCUUCCCCCUUCCUGGUGAGCGAGAGGGAGCCACAUUGCGUCCUGGAACGUGCUGUUCAGUUCAACGACGGCCUUCGGUCUGUACUGGAACCCAGGGGGUGGAUUGAGGCGAGUGAACUGGACGACCUUGACCAAGAAGUGGGCUCUCGACAUCCCGGACGGCAUGCACCACGGGAAGCACGCCACGAGGAUGCUAGCGCACCUGCUGGUAAACCGCAUGUGUCAAGACCACGAGGACCCCGGCCCUUGAUUGGCGGUUUCAAUGAAGGGCAUUCGCCGGUUUAGGAGGUUAAGACCAGGGCUGCCUUCCUGGUGAAUCACUCCGCGGUAAUUUUGCGAUAAUGAUAAUCCCAAUUACCGCCCAGACGCGCCAAAAGAUUUCCCUUUCCCAUAGCAAUAGUUGUAGACUUUCCAGUGACACCUAGGCCUGGGGUCCGCAAGAAUGGGGCGGUUGAACGAGGGACGCGGUACGAAUCCCGACAUGCUCGUGUGUUUAUUUCGUUUUCAUUUCUACCUGCUUUUUUCUCGUUGUCUUUUCGCAAGAAAACAAAAAUACCUCUUUCUGUACGAGGUGUGGGGAUUUACAACACACGCACGUUCGUGAGUCUGCACCAAGCAAGGCCAUGACGUCGUUGGACCCAACGACAAGUUGCGGCAGCAAAGAAGAGGUAGGGGUUUUUGAAGUGGAGACGACCACAGCCGACGGACAUGUUUGUGGUCAAAACUGAAAGUCAGGAGUGCAGGUUGUUGAGUGUACCACGCACGGCUGAUAGAGACAUCGCGCUUGUGCCAAUAUAAACCUACAGUCAGUUUGUUUUGCUUGUUCUAUUUUCUAUGAUAAACUAAUACAAUCUACUUUCAAUUUGCUUCCAGUUGGUCGAAAGAUUGAGAUUUGACUUCGGCAGUGACAUGCUUGUUUUAUGUGGGGGUCUGUUGUUGCUUGGGUGUCUUUUUGGCGUUGGCUUGGAGUCUCUCUGGAAGAGGAAGGCGGCGACAUUUUCGUGCUUUCCUCCUUUUCGUCUGCUGUGUUUCCUGAUCAAGUCGUACUCAUUGCUGGACAUAGCUCGAGACUCUUUUAUCGUGGCGAUGGAGACGUUGGUGUUCUACCUUGCUAUUUGUCCUGACGAUUUGGUUGAUGGACGUCGUGCUCGGUGAAUGUGCCACACACCACGUUGGUGCGGUGACCACACUCACGAAAUACCACAACAUAUCAAAGAGCACAUACAAUUUCAUUUACCGUGUAAUCCCGGGCGGCGAAUACACCCCGGCCUAGUAGGGUACAAACGGAUAGAUUCAGGCGACUCUCAUUAUCGGAGGUUUUUGCCUUGAUUGGUGACCUUGGUGUUUGCUUGGCAUCGCGUACCGAGCGGGAGCCUCUCUUGGUUGUGUGUGUUAGGGUUAGGCCUCCCCGUUUCCUUAUUUUGUGUUUCCUGAUUGUGUACCGUAAUUGUCCGUGUAAUGGCACCGGAGGUGCGAUCGUUUAAGACCAUUCUUAAGU